GCGACGGCUCCCUUCAUGGCGGCGGCUGCUGCUGCGACCGGGCCCGCCAUGGCGGCGGCGGCUGCGUCUGAGGCGAGCGGCCCGCCGUGGCGGCCCCAGAGUCGCCGGCAUCGGCAGGCGGAAGCGCGGGCCCGGCAGGCCUCUCUGUGGGGCCGGGCGCGGAGCCUGUGCCGCCGCCUGCGGGCGCUGCAGGCCCGGCAGGUGGAGCGGCACGUCCGGCAGCAGCUGGCCGGGCUGGCGCGGAGCGUGGCCGGGCGGGCGGGCUCCGAGGCGCCUCCGCCGCCUCCUCCUCCGCCCGCGCUGGGCCCGGAGCUGCGGCAGCUGGCCGCCUCCGCCACCGCCCGCCUCCGCGCCGCCCAGCGCGCCUGCGACUCGGACGCCACCGACAGCGCCAGCGCCUGCUCCUCGGGGUCGUCCGCUUCCUCGGGGUCGUCGUCGUCCUCGGCCUCCUCCUGCUCCUCGGCCUCGGACAGCGAGAGCGCCGAGCCGUCGCCGGCGGAGCGCCCCGCCAACGUGGGACGACGCCUAGCAGAGCGCCAGUGGGCAAUGGAAAGAGCAGCCAUUAUAUGUCGAUGGACAUGGCUACAGGCUCAGGUUUCUGACUUGGAAUAUCGUAUAAGGCAGCAGACUGAUGUUUACAAGCAGCUCCGUGCCAAUAAGGGCCCUGUUGUCUUGGGUGAUCUCCAGCAUGAGGAUGUGAUGAGACAACAGAGUCGUCUAGGUUCUGCAGCUGUGGUGAACUCCAGGAAAAAUAAAAUACUGCCGCCACCCUCCUCCCACCUGAAGGUGCCUACCGGGGACAGGCAGUGUGACUUGUCUCCCUGUAUCCCUUCCUACCUCCUGCAGAAUGCAGAGAAACAGAAUUCUCGCCUUGCGCAGUCUUUAAGAAACCUUGUGUGUCAAAGCCCCUCCUGUACACCCAUCAAUGGGUCUCCAGAGCCCCCCAAAGCCUGCACAUCACCCCAUCAAGUCAACGGAAUAAGUAACUGUUUCAACACAUGCUCCUCCAGCAAUUCCCAAGAUGAUGUGGAUGCCAACAGGAUUCUCAAGAAACCAAAGCAACUCAACAACAGCUUGCCUGCUACACUAUCUUCCCUUGACAACAGCUGUGUUGCUGCUAGAAUCCGUCCAAUUUGCAGAUACAGGAAGCGCAGGCUGGUGAGAGUCAGUGCAGUCUCACACCUUAGCAGAAAGCCACAGAAACCUCUCAGUAUGAAGUGUAACUGUGAACGACCCAAUUCCUGCAUCUUGUGUGACUGUAAGGCCUCUGUCCAGACCAUAGACCCAGAGACAAUGUCUUUAGAGGAGCGGGUAGCCCUGCUGGACUCAGGCUUCCAUCCCAUUCUAUCAUUUUCUCAUGGCAACCCUCUUCAUUUACACUUUGAAGCCUUGCUGAGAGAGGACCACAGGCUGAAUCAUAAACUCAGGACUCUCAAGAUACCCCAGUGGGGUUUGAAAGACCUUACCAACAACAUUUGUUCAUCAUCCCUUUCUGCAUCUGGUCCUCUGCUGAAAGGAUCGGCCAGUCGCAGCUUUUUUGUUCCUAGCCCUCAGACAUACAAACCCAGUUCUUUACAUCAUGUGCCAUCUCUGUGCUUUGAAAAUACUCCUGCCCCCCACUCCAACCAAGUCCCUGGCAAUUCCAUGGCUGCUAGCAGCUCGACGUUGCAGCCUGCCAAGAAGAAAAAGGUGGAAUGUUCCUAUGACAUCAACAAUAUAGUGAUCCCCAUGUCAAUGGCUGCAGCUACACGGGUGGAGAAGCUACAGUAUAAAGAGAUUUUGACACCAAGCUGGAGAAUGGUGGAUCUUAAAGAGCUGAAGACCUCAGGAGAAGUUGAUUCAGAGCUGGAAGAUAUUUCUGAUGAGACAUAUCUGAACCAUCACCAAAAAUAUGAAGAGCUGGAAAGGGCCCGCUGGGAUUCCUGGGCAGGAAGCAUUUCCCACAGGCGAGGGAACAGGAGCUCUAACAGAGCAGAUGGCCGAUGGAUUCCUCAGCCAGGCUCUCCAGAUGCCAUGUCACAUAAUCUUAACCAUCUCCAGUAUGCAAAUUCUCCCGCGGGGUCUCUCAGCCCAGAACUUUCCAAUGUUCUGCAGCCCCUCUUUCUAAAGGGCAGGGGCAGAAACAGCCUGUCCUUUAGUGAAGACACAAGUUUCUCCUUCUCAGAAAUGGACGAAGAUAUUCAGAACGUCCAACCGUGGGAGCCCCGCACAUUCCCCCUUUCCGACACAGAGUAUAAGGCGCUUCAGGACCCACCGUGUGAAGCUCCUGGCAAGCAGACGAGUACCGUUCAGCAGUGGAACUCUAGGAGCAAUCAGGGCUUGAGGACUAACAAUAUAAAUUCCAGCGCUUCUAAUCCCAGGGAGCCAUUUGUAUCCGGUUGGCAGGUGCAACCAGGCGUCAGCAAGCAGCAAGACGAGUUUGCAGGCCAGCCCUGCGUCCCGCCAGUGCUCAUCAACAACAGAUGAGCGUUUGGGCCCCAUGAUAACCCGUGGAAGAGUUGCACCCAUACUCUAUAGAUUGGUAUCACAGAGCUUGGCUGACGAGUUGGCCUAGCAAGGCAGUGGCGGCAGAGAGCACUGCUGUGCCUGAAGCAGAGGUCCAGCUGUGAACUUGGAGCUCCUGCUCCCCUAGAUCAGUAAGGGCUGGACAGGCAGCAGCAGCAGAGGCAAGGUGCUGGGCCUCCCUAGUGUGGUAAGGGGGGGCGGGCAUCCAGGAAAGCCCAGGUGCAGGUUGUUUCUGGGCAGAAGAACUCUUUCGCCUCGCUGGCAAGGUUAGGUGCUGGUGCCACAAGUGCAGCAGCCCAAGGUGUAACCCAAAAAGGGAGCAGCAAAGAGGAUGGAAGACACAGCAAAAAAAGGGGGGAGGCUGAGCUGUUUCAAUUUGGAUGUCUGUUACUCAGGCAACACUUCUUUGAAAGGGUGCCAGUCAGUUGAACAUGUAGUCCUCAUGAGGUUUUUAUGCCAAUUUUGGGGGCAGGAGUUAAGUAUCGAUUGUGGAAACUCACCCGCACAGAUCACAGGCUUUGUCCCGGUGCCGCAGAUGGCAGCAAGGGAUAUAACCAAGGGGUAGUUGGUGUGUGUGUGUGUGUGAGCGCUGAAUAAAUGCCUGUAGGGGAGGACAGAUGCUUCCCCUAUAAAUUUUUCAUAAUGGUUUUUAAUUUUUAAAUGUAGUUAAGAAAUCACUUGAUUCUCUAACAUGCAAAUCAUGUUUUCUUGGCCUUGCAGAAAUGCUAUUGUUGCUAAUAAUAAACAAUAAAUCAUGAUAAAUCUUG